AAAGAAACUCCUCCUUUCCUUGAACUGUGCACAGGUAUUUAAUUACUGUUGUUUGUGCUCCCGUAGCACGACUUUUUUAAAUUCAGGUACCUCCAUCACAAACUCUCUCUCUAUUUUUUUUUUAAAAAGAGGCAUUUAUUUUUGUCUGCUGCUUUUUGACAUUUUUUUUAUUUCUAUUAUGAACACCAAUGAAUAAUGAUAAUGAUAUAAAAAAAAAAGGUCCCGCCUCUUUUUCUCACCCAAAGAAUAUCAGAUAUUUAAUCAGUCCUUUUGGUACGACACCUGUACCAUCCAUUAAAAAAAAAGAAGGUUUCAUGAAUUCAAUCCCCCUUCUCCCCCACCCCUUUUUUUUUAUCUUAAAAGCACAUUUUCUUUCCAAUCUCUCUAUAAAAAAUGGGCAUAAUUUCUACCUUGAGAAAAUUAUUCCAUAGAGAAGGAAGAUAUAAAUACGAAAAGAGAUCACUUAAAAGAAAUACAUCCAUGUCCACUCCUACUCCAGAAACAAUCGAUCCUACAGGUGUCUCAACAGAAGGCUCAUCUAGAAACCAAAGCUCCAGUAAUGGAACAAAUCAUAUCUUUAGAGAUGGUAGAAGAUACCAUGGUGACUCUGAAGUAGCCUACAUCCUUCCCAACGAUGAUGAUGAGGCUGACCGUGUACAUCAACAACAUUGGCUUCUUCGUUACGCUCUUCAAGGCAACUUUUCUUCUCCCGUCAAGAAGCAAUUGGAGGAAGGUAUCAAUGUCCUCGAUUCAGGUUGCGGUCCUGCCACCUGGACCUUUGAAAUGGGCGAGACCUAUCCUCGUUCGAAAAUUUACGGUAUCGAUGCUUCUUGUGUCUUUCCCGAAAAUAUCAUGCCUCCCAACGUCGAAUUCGUCAUUGGCAAUAUCGCUAAAGAAAUUCCUUAUGAAGACAACUUUUUUGAUUUUGUUCAUCAAAGACUUCUUGUCUUGGGUUUAACAGAUACUGACUGGACCAACACACUUGCACAAUUAUUUCGUGUAUUGAAGCCAGGUGGUUACAUCGAGUGUAAUGAGGCAUGUAUCCAAGAAUUAUUAACUGUAGGACCCAACAUGAAGGCCUUACAAAACGCAUUUAUGGGAAUGAUGGUGGCUCGUGGAAUCCCUUUUUUGGUCGCUAGUGAAUUAGAAGAGAGACUGAAGAAAGCAGGCUUUGUAGAUGUUCAAGUCAAGCUCUCCAAGAUCCCUUUGAACCAUGGUGGUAAAGUUGGUAAACUUCUUUGGGAAGAUUACUUCCAUGUUUACACAAACGCUCGUCCUGCUCUGGUGUUUAAUAACCCCGAAUGGGAGGAUCCUGAAGUCUAUGCCAAGUUGUUGCGUGACUCUGCAGAAGAAUCGAAACAAAAUAAGGGUCAUAUCCUUUGGUACUCGGUUCAUGGUAGAAAGCCUUCUCUCGACACCACUACCGACGAAUAGAUAUAGACCAACACACCCAGACACAAUUACACCUAUUAUUAACUAAUCAAAUACGAAAUAAAAUGUCCUUUUUUUUUUUUUUUUUUAUUAUGUACAAUAAGGGAAGGG